AUGGUUCUCUGGUAUAAAAACAAUCAUACUUAUGACAAAGAUUUCCGGACAGUGUCGCUAGCAUUUUUCAACCGGUAUCCGAAUCCUUACGCUUCGCACGUUCUCUCCAUAGAUACUUUGUCUAGGAAAAUUUCGCCUGCGGGAGAGCUGUGCACUACGAGACUUAUCAAAAAGACUGGGCGGCUGCCACAGUGGGUCAAACCUUUCCUAGGCAAAAUUUCAGAUUCAUGGAUUAUUGAGAAGUCCGAAGUGGAUAUCAAAAACAAAGAGCUGCGAACAUAUACUAGAAACUUGGACCAUACCAGAAUAAUCCAGGUUGAAGAGUUCACUACAUAUAGAUACAAUGCGCAGUCAGGCGAAACUGACGCGUCUAGUAAAGUCAAGUUCUCCAGCGGGUUCAACGUUGGAGUAAGAAAUCGUAUUGAGCGUUGGUCGCACACAAAGUUCGACGAAAACGUCAAGCGCAGCAGGUUAGGCAUGGCUUUUGUCAUGGAGAAACUUGAGCAGAGACGCCAGAUUCUAUAA